AUGGCUUUACAGGACCUGUGCAAUCUCCAGGACGUCCUUGGGGACAGUUUAACCACCGGAUGUUCGUCAGAGCUUUUUGGGAAGAAGACCGGUUGUAACUAUGUGAGUGGCUUGCCAUUUAGCAACACCACGAGUAUGUUUACAUUUUAUAUACCGGUUGCAGAAUACUUGGACGAAAGCCCGAUACAGUUUGGACAAAUUGGCUCCAUCCAGAGCUUCGGCGCUGCCUCAUCUCAAGACUCCCUCUUACCGUCCGUCUCCUGGCCCAUGUGUCCUCCUCUGGCCUCCUCUCAUUCCGUCCCUCUGCCCUUCCCGAUGUCUCACGGCACCACCACCCUGGCCUUCCUGUUUCAGGGCGGCGUCCUGGCCGCAGCAGACACUCGCUCCAGUUGCUCGGGGCUCGUGGCAUGCCCGGCCUCCCAGAAGAUCCUGCCCAUCCACAGUCACUUGGUGGGCACCACGUCGGGUACGUCGGCCGACUGUGCCCUCUGGAAGCGGAUUCUGUCCCGAGAGCUGCGGCUCUACCAACUCCGCCACGGCCGACGGUUGUCCACGAGUGGAGCCGCCAAGCUGCUGUCCCACAUGCUUCACCCAUUUAAGGGGACCGAGCUGUGCGUGGCCGCCACGCUGUGCGGGUGGGACGGAGGGGAGGUGGGCGAAGGCCUGGACCACGGAGGUGCAAAGACUGAUCUCAAGUCUGAAGAUCUUGAAAAGGCCUCUACGGCCGAGACUCUGAGCUCUUCUUCCACAACAGUUCGUCAACGGCGCUUCGUCCGAGAGAAAGCGAGCUUCUCUGGACCCAGUCUGUGCUACGUGUGCAGCGAUGGUACUCUCCUGCAGGGGACGCUCUUCUCCGUGGGCUCUGGAUCGCCCUACGCCUACUCGAUUUUGGACCAAGGGGUUCGAUGGGGGCUGACAGUGGACGAGGCCACGUCCGUAGCCAGGGAGGCCGUGUACAGAGCCACGCACAGGGACGCAUACUCGGGAAACUGCGUGGACGUCUAUCACGUCUCCUCUAAAGGAUGGACACGCAGGAGCAGAGAGGAUUUGAAAGAGGAGUAUUACAGGGAGAGAGAACGACAAGGGAGACGGGACGUGGCUUUGUCUGAGUGA